AAAGAAAAGAAAAAAAACAAAGAUGGUUCCACUGCCACUCACCUUGCAAAGCGAGAGGCAGUAAAAGUAAAACAUGUGUACUUUCCCGGGAAGCUCCAAACACACGAAUUAGGUCAUCUUUUGUCUUCUUUUCCUCCGAAUUUUCUUUCCCAUUUGUGUUUUUCCUCUUUCCUCUUUUUUAUUUUUUUGGUCACAAAACUCUUACGUAUAUAUCUUUCUCACGCGCUACCAAAUCUAUCGUUUAGCAACGAAAAAUCGAAAGUCCACCGCACACCUCCAUCUUUGAAGCAGCUCUUAGGUUGGACUUUAAAAGCCAAAAGCCCAAAACGUAAAAAAAACCACCACCACCGCCACCACAAACCCACCAUUCUUUCCUCUUUGACUCCCACUUUCGCGGCCACCAAACUUGUCGGCGACCAACAGAUCUGCUAUCUGCUCUUUCCCAAAAUCCCAAAAUCUCUGUUUUUCUUUCUUCAUUCAUCUUCUUAUUGCUCUACACUUAAAACUUCUAAAACUAAUCCUCAAACUUUGGCAUUUUCCCUUUUUUUGGUUCAACUGUUUAAGCAUCAAAAUAUAUGGAUUCCGAGCAACGGCGGAAGCGAAAGCGCUUGGGCAAGAUUUACUGUUCUAAGGCACAGUCCUUCUCGUUAAGAUCUCUAAUCCUCUGCCUCUCCUUCUUCGUCUUUCUCCUCUUCUUAUCCUCCGAUCGGGUCCCCAUAAAUCCGGCGUCGUUUCGGCCCGUCAUCAGCACGGCCCCGACCUUCUUCCUCCUCCAGUCCAGCAACUCGAUUCUCGAUCCCCUCACCGGCAGGCGCCAAACGACGUCGUCUUCUUCCCCGGCCCGAGUGGUGGGUCGGGUGCUUUUCCCCGACCAAGUCCUCCUCCUCGUCGUCGCCAACACCAUCCGCCCCGCCCAGGCCGACCGCCUCGACUGCGUCUACCUCGACGACAAUGGCUCGAAUUUCGCCUCCCGGCCGGUCCUCUCAAUGGACGGCUACGAUAAGUUCAGGUCGAUCGUUCGGUGCCCGCUUCCGCCGGCGAAUUUCUCCCCCGCCGCCGUGGACUUGCGGUGGCGGGGAGAGUACUGGCAGCCGUCACGGGCCCCGGUCAAUCAGACGGUGAAUUCGUGGGACAAGCUGGUUUAUGAGGCGGCCAUUGAUGGGGGCACAAUGGUUGUUUUCGUUAAAGGAUUGAACCUCAGACACCACAGGAAAUCGGAUCCGUCUCAGUUCAGCUGUCAUUUUGGGUUGAGGAAUUGGGAUAAGGAAGAAGGGUUUGUUCUCACCACUCCAGCCAUUACUGCUGCUCAGGAGGUCAUCAGGUGUGUUUUGCCUAGGAGUAUCCAAAUCAUCCCACAUAAGGCUCAUGGAAUCCGGGUUACCAUUGGUCACUCGGUUGGUGCUAAUUCUCCCAUUCUUUUCCCUUCGGUCGCCAGAAUUUACAGCUCCAAACCCCGUGAGCUGAAAGUGAAAAACAAUCGGAACAAGAAGAAACAUGAGCUUUGUGUGUGUACUAUGGUGUGGAACCAGGCCUCGGCUCUUAGGGAGUGGAUUAUGUACCACGCUUGGCUUGGAGUUGAGAAAUGGUUUAUAUAUGAUAACAACAGUGAUGAUGGGAUUGAGCAGGUUGUUCAAGAGCUUGAUGUUCAGGGAUUCAAUGUGAGUAGGCUAGCUUGGCCGUGGAUUAAGACCCAGGAAGCCGGUUUUUCGCACUGCGCGUUGAGGGCAAGGGAGGAGUGCAAUUGGGUGGGGUUUUUCGAUGUUGAUGAGUUCUUCUAUUUGCCUCGCGCGUUUCAUCACUACAGAGGACCGGGUUCUCCUGGUCAGAAUGCUCUUCGGGACCUGGUCGCGAAUUUCUCGUCGUCGUCGAGUAUUGGAGAGAUCAGAACGGAUUGCUACAGCUUCGGGCCGUCUGGGUUGAGCUCAACCCCACCAAGAGGGGUGACUGUAGGGUACACUUGCCGGUUGAAAAGCCCCGAACGACACAAAUCCAUUGUGCGCCCGGAUAUGUUGGAUGCUACCCUCCUCAACGUGGUGCACCACUUUGAGCUCAGGGAGGGAGUUAAGUACCUGAAUGUGCCGGAAAACACUGCUGUGGUAAACCACUAUAAGUACCAAGUGUGGGAGAGCUUUAGUGCCAAGUUUUACCGGAGGGUUUCUACUUAUGUGGCUGACUGGCAGGAGGACCAAAAUAAAGGAUCAAAGGAUAGAGCACCUGGAUUAGGAACUGAGGCCAUUGAACCACCCAAUUGGCGGCUGCAGUUCUGUUCAGUGUGGGACACCGGCUUGAGCGACUUUGUAUUGGCAUACCUUGCUGAUCCUGCAACUGGGUCAUUGCCAUGGGAGGAGAGGUCUCGCAUGUGACAAGUGACAAAUUCAAAGCAGGGUGCUUCCAGCUAGGUACAUGUAAAACAGAGCAGUCACACAAGUAGCCAUUCUUUUGAAUUUUAAGUUUUUUUUUUUUUUUUUCCUUUUGUAUUUAAAUUUUUUCUCCUUAUACGAAUUCUAUGAAUUGACUACAGGAUUCUUAUACAGUUGUAAAUCUUUUUGACGACAUGAAGUGAAAUUAUUUCAUUCUUGUUCCUA